AUGGCUUCGACGACACCCACCUCAGCACCGCCGUCGCGCGCUCGCUCAGCAUCCCGCUCCCGUAACAACCUACCCUCGCGACCAACGACCCCUCUACGACCACAUUCGCGAACCAGUCUCCGAGCUUCCAUCACCACCCCCACAGCCAGCAACCAAUUCUCCGACCAAGCUGUUCCUCUAGAAGCCCUGGAGCCUGCUUUCGGUGAACUCGCCGAUGGAAUGGCCGAUCUGGAAGCCAACAUGAUGCACCUACAAUUGCUGCACGAGAGUCUGAACCGCUUCAACGAGUGCUUUGGCGCUUUCCUCUACGGCAUGAACAUGAGCGCUUUCUGUGUCGACUUCCCAGAGGCUCCUGGAAUUGAGAGCUUCAAGCGUGCUGCCGAGGCUGCGAAGAACCAGGCUCAACAGGAUCAUGCCAUGUCCGCAGACGUUCAUCAUCGUGAGAGAGAUGUUGAUGCUACUUUCCUGUAA